UCAACGUACAGUUGCAAUAAUUCCGUCGUGAACUCGUGGACUAACUGCCUGGUUGUUCGUUGGCAGGUUUCAUGUGCUUGAUUUUUUUAUCAGUCACAUUUAUAAUACAUAAAUUUGUUAGAUAUACGAAAUUCUGAUUAGGAAGAGAGAAAUUGGAGGAAGACAGCACGAAAUUCGUGCUUGGACGAGUAACUUUGCACGAGAAACAAAUGUACAGUUAAAUAUUGUUGUUUGGCAGCAUUGUUAUUUGCAUAGAAUAUUUCAUAUAUUUUGAUAUACUGUGGUGAUCCUUUAUGACUUAUAUUUAAACUAUCGACUAAGUAUUUUAUAUAUCAGAUUGCCACAAUGGGAGAUCUUUGUAAUAUACGUGCACCACAAUGGAUAGACUUGACUCAAAACUACAGUCCUGUACAGACACAUGAUUUCUUUGAGAGAGAACAUACAAUGCAUGAGUGUACAGAGGAACCUAACUCUACUACUGGAAAUGCAGAUGUUCAACCUACAUCUCAGGUGGAGGUCUCGUGUAUUAAUGAAAAAGCGCAAGCGGAUUUGGAUAUAAUAAAAAAUACUCCUGUCAAGGUAAUUUCUCCAAAAUAUGGUAAUAAUAAGGAGACAGUAGUAGCAGAGGCAACUUACGAUCAGGUGUUAAAUGAUGCAAUGAGAAAAUUGGAACUCUAUACAAAGCAGCCUAAAACUCGAGAUGUAUUAAAUAAAACCACCCAAGAGCCAAAAAUUUUCAAGACUCCAAACUUCCAACCUAAACUUAUUAAAUCGUCCAGAUCCAUUGGAUGUAUAUUGAACAAAAACAAUCAAUUUGAACAAGAUUCCAUAGGAGGAUCUGCAAAAAUUAAUAAAACCUCAAGCAAUUGUACGUCAACGAAUACGAAGAAAAAAUUGGUUAAGCAAUCCCUGUUUAAGCAAGAUAAAGAUUGUGCAAAGAACGAUAUUUUUAAGAAACCAAACCAUCCAGUAGAUUAUCCUAAAGCUAAAGAAGAUAAACAAUGCAACAAAGAAGACAAUAAAGAAAGUAAAGAAGAUAAACAAUGCAACGAAGAAUACAAUGAAGAAAGUAAAGAAGAUAAUAAUGAAGAACAUAACGAGAAAGAUGAUAAGUCGCAAGAUGAACAAGAAUCAACCAACGAGAAAAACAAUAAAGCAAGAGACAAUCAAGAUGAUGUGGAUGCAAAAGAUAAUCAUACGCAGUCUAAGCACGUCGCAGUUCUCACCUGGCAAAAUCAUAGACGAAGUGUGCACAGACGUAGAACUUCGAUCAACAAACCUUACGUAGGAUUAGCGGAAGCGGUGUCACGUUUCCAAAACGAUACACCCAAACGUUUCCGCACCAGAAGCAACAAGAACAAUACUAUGAGCCCAUCAUUUUAUGUGUCCAAAUUGCAAAACCGUUUAAAACCGACAAUACCAGUCUCACCAGCACUCAUAUCGAAGACCAGGACGCGUCCCGUCACCGUACUGAAUCAAGAAGAACGCGAAUUGCAAGAAAUCGAGGAAAUGAGGAAGUUUCGGAUAAAAGCCAAUCCAAUACCGUCUAACGUCUUGCGGGGUCCACGCGCGGUCAACGUUGCGAGGAAGCAGACUGUUGCAAAUACCGCUACACAGUCUGAAGAAAAGACCAAAAGCUUGUAUGAGUCCAAGAGUCCGCAUCGCGAUAAGGCAUCCAGCCUGAAGAACACGGUCACCAAAGUGGUGGUGACCGAUUCCGAGGGUAUAAUCGUGGAACAUGAAGAAAUUGCGUUUUUUGGUGUCCCCAAGAGUACUGGUGCCACAAAGAGCGUUACGCGUGUCGUGCCAUUUAGCUUUGAGACACGCAACAAGGAUAUGCAGCUGAAGAAGGAACAGCGGUUGAAGGACUUGCAGGAGGCUAGUAAAAUCAAGGCGGAGUUUCAUGCUAGGCCGGUGCCGAAUUUUUCGAAGCCGUCGACGUCGACUUCUAUGAAGCCGCCAACGCCGACUUCCACGAAGCCGCCGACGCCGCUGGUCAAGCAGCAACAGAACGCGAAGAGGCAGCUCCUGCCACGUCCGUUCAGCUUUGAGGAACGAAAUAAAAAAUUGUCGCAGAGGAAGGAUCAGUUGGUGAAGCAGGUACUCGAAGAGGACAAGCGGUCACGCGUAUUUCGCGCGAAUCCGGCACCAGUUUUUAAACCCGUGAUGGUACGCGGUAGAUCCAAGGAUAAUCUUUCUUUGAAAAACAAGAGCGUGAAGACAGGAAGCGAACAUGGUGCGGAAUACAAGUGCGAGGAUCAAGAGAAUAAAGAACCGAAUGAAACCGACUCUUGCAAGGCAGAGGGCGAGAAUACGCAGAGAACGGCAAGUUCUAACGUUGACAAGCAAAAGGUACCGUUAAAAGCUCUUCCAGUGGAAUUGAACACUGAUAGACGAGCAAAACAACGCCGCAAUUUUGAUGAACAGCUGAAGCGUAAGGAAGAAGAGGAAGAAAUGAAGCGUCAGAAAGAAGAUAAAAAGCGGCUGGAGCAAGAUAAACAUUUGAAGGCGGAGCUGCGCAAACAGGCUGAGAUUAAGGCUAAACCGAUGCCAAAAUAUAAACCACCUGUUAUCGCUAGAGCGACGAAACCGCUGACCAAUCCGCAAAGUCCCGCGUUUGCGAGUAAACUUAAAUCUAAACUAGAUAAAAAGGCAUGAAAGUAUGAUAUAAGAAUAACGUUUUUUUCUUUUUUCAUUUCAUAUUUUACAUCAUAUUUUACUCAUUGUGUAUAUUUAUAGAGGAUAAAGGGAUACAAUGUAAGUGUAAUAUUGUAGAGUAUAAAUAAAAUUGUAGUUUAAAUUUUUA